AUGUCGUUCCACCCCCUCCCUCCCCGCGCCGUGCCCCUCAGUGAAGUGGCGGGCGACCACCCCCGCCUCAUUCUCUGUGCCGACGGCGGUGGCUCCAAGGUCAUGGUCGUCGUGCGCGCCGCCGACGGCACCGAGGUCCGCGGUACCUCUGGCCCUUGCAACGUCCAAUCGGUCGGCCGUGGCCCCGCUGCCGAGCGCAUCCUUGAGGCGACUUACCGCGCUCUUGCCCAGCUCCCCGCCUCCUACCUCCCCGAGGGCUUCCAGCUUCCCCAGCUGCAGCCCCAGCUUCCUCCUGCCGUGCAGCACCUGCGCAACUCCUCCCCCGCCCCCUCGGGCGCCAACACGCCCCGCAUCAAGCUCCCCCCGAUGACGAAGAGCCUGUUCGCGUACUGCUGGAUUGCUCUCGCCGGUAUCCAGUCGGAGGACGACUCGGAGCGCUUUAAGCCCUACGUCUCGAACGCGCUUCACGUCCCCACCGAGCGCAUCUUUAUGGGCAACGACGUCAACCUCCUCGCCGCGCCUGCUCUUCUCAUGAGCGGCAUCGACCACGUCGUCGCCCUCGUCUGUGGCACCGGCACUGGUGCGCGCACGAUCAAGGUCGAGACCAAGGCCGAGCUGCCCCCCUCGCCGCCGGUCGAGGCGCGUGACGCGGGCGACUCGGGCGAGAGCGACGGCAGCCGCCCCACGACGCCAAAGGUGCGCAGCCUCCCGAUCGAGGACGCGGGCCAGACGCGUGGCUGGGGCUACAUGAUCGACGACGAGGGAAGCGCGUACUGGAUCGGCCGUCUGGCGAUGCGCUACCUCCUGACGCAGCGUGACCGGGAGAACUCGCCGCUGAUCCACUCGGGCGAGCUGCCCAAGCGUGGCCCGCUCUACCGCGACCUCAUGGAGUACUUUGACAUCAAGGACCCGGCGGACCUGAUCCGCAUCGUGGCGCUGAUGGAGCCCGACUUUGUCGAGGGCCUCGGCAUCGGCGAGGCCUCGGCCAAGCGCAACGCGUACCUUGCCGGCGCGGCGCGCGUCGUCUUCAAGUGGGCGUUCCCGGACGAGGGCGGCGUCACCAUCUCGACCCCCGAGGAGGAGGAGGCGCACAAGGCCGCGACGGCCAUCGCGCGCGAGGCCGUGCGUCCUGUCGCUGAGCUCGUCACGCUCGCGCUCGGCGACCGCACCAUCGUCCGUCCCGAGAGCACGGCACUCGACCUCGGUGGCGGCCUCAUGAACUCGAAGGGCUACGUCCAGCUCCUCCUCGACGCGCUCCGGAGCGAUGACAUCGUCUUCCGUAAUGUCCUCGUCGUCGACGACGCGGCCGGCGAGGGAGCCAAGGCCCUCGCGGCCGUCAUCUUCGGCAACAACUAA